UUUGCCCUCACGGGCAGGGCUUUAACUGAAUAUACCCCCUCUUCUUUUAUUUUUUUUAUUUUAUCCUUCUAUUUUUCAAUAAUUCUAAAAUAUCCUUAUAUCAAAAUUAAAUAUUUUUACCUGUUUUUUUUUUUUUUUCUUCACCGGCCUUUCUCUUCUCCUUCAUCAUCUUUCUCCCAAAGCUGACUCACCUCUUUUCAUUCAUGAAGAUUUCUUCACUUAGUUGCCUUUUUACCAAACAACCUGGUUUUAUCUCUCAGGUCACUAAAAUUCCAUACAUACCUGUUCAAUUUGAUAGUUCGGAAUUCAGAAUUAGGGUAUUAUGAAGAAAAAGAAUUUUAAAAGAAUUAGGGUAUUGCGUUGCCACCUCGUUACAAAAAAUUCCUUUUUCUUCCACGCAAUCCAAUACCCAAUAGCCCAAACCCCUCUCCAUCAUCUUUUCGUUUCCUCUGCCUUUUGUUUUUUUAAGAAAAAAAAACAUUACAUUACUCAAAAAUUUAAUUUAAUAUCCUUUUUCAACCUUCUCGUUGUUAUUUCUUUUUGUUCCUUUGGUGUUUCUUCAACCCUUGUUUUAUGUUUCCGCGAACCAGAGAAUCAGCCAAACUGUUUUUCUAGAUUGUUAAGGCUUCAGAAGAAGUUGCGUACGUCAGAGACCUCUCAGAUGAUUUGCUGCAGCCAACUACAAAACGGUCUCACAAUGUCUCAACCAAGGAAGUCAUAUUCUGGAAAAUUUUUAAGUGCCAACAAUUGAAGUGUUCCCUGCAGCUGCUCUAACACCUGCACUAGCAGCACCAGAGAUGAGAAUGAGCUUGCCAGACAAGGCAUCAACAACAAGAUUUGCAUUUGGUUGGGUGGGUUCUUCCCUGUGGUACUGUUAAAUAGCUGGUGAAAAUCUGAGAGUUUUGAUAUGUUUGCCUGCAUUUGGGAAGCUUCACAAAAAAGUAUUGCAGAUGCCUUCUGUGGGUUUGGGUUAUCAAAUGUUGAACUAAGCGAGCUUGUCUUGUCCUGUGCUCCCUUUUUGCUUUGUAUAAACAUUCUUUUUGGAAAAAGGAAUAUAUAUAUUUAGGAAUCAAUUUCUAAAAUGAUUAAUAGGAAGAGUAACUCUUGGAAUCCGUCAUUUUUAUUACAAUAGGUAUGACUCAAAAUUUGAUAUGCAGCAAUAUUUGGUGGUGAUUAUACUGAAUGUAUCAUUUUUUUAGGACAAUGACCAAGAUUUUUUCUUGUAGUCUUGAUAUUACAGAUAAUAAAAUUCAAACCAUGCCAUGGGCAGCGAUUCUUGAAAAGGUUGUCCAGCUACAAAGUUUGCAACAGCUUUGUGUGGUUAAGGAUCUUCUGCUCAUGAUGUGGUGAUGCAAUUGAUGCAGAAGGAAAACUACUUGAUCGGACUGCUUAACAAGGGAGUACUUGCAUUUCCAAUCUCAAAAUGGGUCCCUGGUGCUGGUCCAACUGUCAAAUCUGGUUCAAAGGGAAAGUACCGUCGUUUGAUACUGACUAAAACCUUUGAGUGGACCUUAAAUUGGUGCAUACUACAGAGCAUGUUUGAUAGUGGAGUUGGAAGGUUUGAAAAAAGCACACAUUCGAGAUGGCGUUGCAAUGGUGCAAUAUCUUGUCUGGUUGGAUAAGCAGGAGAUAUAUGGGGUUUAUGGUUACUUCUUGGAGGGAGACGAAGUGACUAAGAAAAAGCAAUUGUCCUCAAGGGUCAUAUUGCACUUGGGAAUGCUCAAUUUCCUAAUGGAACCAAUGGCCACGGAAUUGGGUCUUACCUUAAUGUUCAUGAAGGCAAGUGUAUUUUACUACUUUCCUCUAUUAUUACUGGGUAUCAAAUUAGUCUCCGUUAUAGUGGAGGUGCCCCGUAUGCUUUUAGUGUUGUCACUAAAGUUUGGCAUUAUACCAAUUGUGGUGCGAGUUGGUGUUCGAGAUUUUGACAUUGAUGGGUUACGAGACAUUUGUUGGACUCAACAUUUGGGACUUUCAGCUGGUGAUAGUCGACAUGGUGAGUCUCCUUAUGGUAGUAGUCCAAUUGAUAAUGUGAAUGAUGAUGUGCUUGCCUCUCCUUGUACCGAAAACCAUUUGGACAUUCGACAGGAUUCUACCGCAACCAUGGCUGAACUUAGGGUUAACCAUCGCUUCUCAUCCGUCAAUGCCCAUGAAAUCAUUCGAAUCAACCAAAUCUUUGCGAGUAAGAAUGCGCUACAGAAGAAGAUUAGUCUUUAUGCACUAAGGAGAAAUUUUGAAUUCAAGGUCAAGAAGUCUGAUAAAGUCCGAUAUGAGGUUGUAUGUGCAAACGACAAUUGCAUGUGGCGAAUGCGUGCUACCAAACUACAUGGUGAUAAUACAGAGGCCUUCAUGAUUAGGGCCUUCAAGGAUCAGCAUAUUUGCUCUUUAAAUAUCAUGAAAAGGGAUCAUCGUCAAGCAACAAAUUCAGUUAUCGGAGAUAUCAUCCAGCCAAUGUUUGAUGGGAUUUCAAGGCAAUACAAACCUCGAGAUAUCAUGCAUGACAUUCGCUCUAAUUACGGAGUAAACAUAAUCUACAACAAAGCAUGGGCUGCUAAGGAAGUUGCACUAUCAGGUUUGUGGGGCACGCCAGAAGAUUCAUAUGCAAAACUUCCUUUAUGGAGUCAGGUUUUGAAGAGCAAAAAUCUGGGCACGUUUACUCGAAUUGAAACUGAUGAUCAAAACAGAUUUUUAUAUUUUUUCAUGGCACUUGGAGCUAGCAUUAGAGGGUUCCAGCAUAUGCGGAGAGUCGUAGCUGUCGAUGGAACUACACUGAAGAAUAGAUAUAGAGGUUUGUUAUAUAUUGCAUCAUGUUUGGAUGGGAACAAUCAAAUUUAUCCACUUGCUUAUGGAAUAGGCCCACACGUGGUUUUUUGAGAGUUUUAAAGAAGCGUUUGGGGAUGAUCCGAAUAUAGCUUUUAUAUCGGAUAGACACAAGAGCAUUGCAAAAGCAAUACGUACAGUUUCCCUAAUAAUCACCAUGGCCACUGCACAUAUCAUCUUGGUACAAAUUUACAUGCUAAGAAGUUUAAAGGUAAUGUCAACGCAAUUAUAUCAACUUUUAAUGAUGCAGCUAGAGCAUAUAUUGUUGAGGAUUUUGAUAAGGCCAUGCAGCUUUUAAAAGGGGUUAGUAUUGAAGCUGUACAAUAUCUCAAGGAUGCAAGUCCUUCAAAAUGGGCUAGAUCACAUUUUCCGGGCAAUAGAUACAACAUAAUGACAACUAACAUUGCAGAGAGCAUGAACUCUGUGCUUAUUGAUGCUAGGGAUAAACCUGUUUUGCCAUUACUAGAUCACAUUCGUGAUGUCUUGCAAAGGUGGUGGUAUGAAUGUCGAACUAACGCUGCUGCAAUGCAAACUCCUGUUACUAAUUGGUUGGAAAAAAUCAUGCAGGACCGCUCAAAUAAUGGCAAAGGCUUACGUGUUAUGCCAAUGAACUUAUAUGAGUUUCAAGUUGUUGGCAUGGCAUGUUCGUUGGAGUUGUUAACUUAGAAAAUAAGACGUGCUCAUGCAAGGAAUUUGACAUUGAUGGAUUUCCUUGUGUCCAUGCAAUUGCAGCAUGUAAGCAUCGACAUAUCUCUCCAUAUUUCCUUUGCUCGGCGCAUUACUCAGUUGACUCACUCCGUGAUGCAUAUUCGGAAACCAUAUAUCCACUUGGAGAUAAAAGUCAGUGGCAUGCUCCAGAUGAUGUCAUAAACCAGGUUGUACUUCCACCUCAAAUUGGCAAACAGUCAGGAAGACCGAAAAAGAAGAGGAUUCAAUCUCAAGGAGAGGAGCGUCAUUAAUAUAGAUGCGGGAGGUGCAAACAGGUUGGUCACAGCAGCCGAUCAUGCUCCACCGCCGUACCUCUUGAUAGCACUAACAACCAACAGCACCACUGAAACGAACGCCCAUCAAUCGCAUGAUGCUAUAUUCAGACAAUGAGGCCAUGUUAUGUGGUAUGCGUGUGUAUGAAAUGUAGUCAGGAAUGUAAUUAGUUGGUCAACCGCGUAACGUGUGUUUUGGCAUAAUAGACGUUGGCUUUAUGUGUUCUUUUAUUGUCAAAUUCAUCUGUCGUAUUGUUUUGAUAACAUAUCAUUCCGUCUUCAGUUUU